AAAACCCCCCCGGAGCCACGACAGCAGAGUCAGGUGUCUCACAGAAAGUACGAUGAUGAACUCUUGUCAAGAACAAGAAUAGCAAUCCUCCGUGCACGCAGCGGUACCCCUGAAUGGCUUGCUUGUUUAGGAGGAUCUCUGGCGGUACUCUUUAGCUUGGGUGGUGGUCGUUGGUAGCCGCACCUGCAUUAGUGAGAGCGCCAAAGACCAAAGCGGACUAGUAAGAUUAGAGGCGGUUUUAAGGGACAGGGACCAAGCAAAAAUAGGAAUCCGACCCAACCAACGUCGACCUGGACAACUCCUCACCAUCCCCAUCCCUCCGCAGCACAUCCAUAUAAUAUCACCCGCCGGCAUGAGAUACCACCUCAACGCACAGUCUUCCCCUACCGUGGUGUUUUAUCCCCCAUCUCAUUAACUAUCAAACGUAAUCUCAGCUCGACCCUUCUUGACCACGCUUUCUCUCGACCUCUGCUCUCGUCCCUCGAUCUUCCUCCUGUCGCGUAUGCCAGACGCAUAUCACUCCCUACACCCUUCCUCCGUGUGCAGACCAGGAUCAUUCGCUGUCCACCUCCGAUUUCCUGAUGCAGGCCACACUGUCUGUUAAUUCCACCUUGGCCUCCAGAGGACAGUAAAUAAACACGGGUUACACUUACCACCAACUGAAAUCCGGGCCAUAUCACCAAUAUAGAGCAACACAUCCUUCGCCCGCUGCAGAAAGCUUUUUACUAUACCUAGCCACAACAGCCAAUUCUUGUGCUACUCAUACUCUUGCACCUUGGACCACCCCCCCCUUUCAGUGGCUCAGGAACUUUGGGAGAUCCUCAAUGGGGCGUUGAGACGCUGCAAUUAACCCUAUCGCCACCCCGCGUAAUCCCUUGCUGGGCUCCCUAAUAGUUUCCGCCGUGACCCCAACCACUUGAGGUUGACGCUAUUACCCCCAACCCAGCCUUUCUUUCGUGUUUGCUUGCUGUGCUUGCACUGUGCGCAUUGACCAGCUGUGAGGCCGUUUGCUUCGCGUUGUGGUGCGGCGUGGCUUUCUUGAACGAUCGACCCAUCAUCAUCCCCUCCUCUGACUCCCCUGUUUUACUCCCGCCUCCUGCCCAACCGUUUCACCUUAGAGUUCGAGUCCACACUAGGGGGAUCCAAACGUUUCUCGCGCCCAGGUUUCACCUCGCAUAAACCAACAUUCUCAAAAUCAUACAUCAUGACUAAAAAGUCCUCCCGCGCCCCAACGCUGAGUUUGGGACAGUCAAACUUCAGCGAUAACUCGAAAUCUCCUUUGCCGUUGAACAGUCCUAAUCCCACGACUCCCUUGACACCUAUAUCGCCUCUAUCUUCGACCGGAUCUACAUUCAAAGGUGCCACCAUUCGCCCCGUGACGGCACGAUCAAACCUGGGGUCGGAAAAAUCAGCCUCGGGUGCAAGGUCCCCGGGUACCUCUAUCAGCACGGAUAAUGGCGAUAUCCCGCAAACUCCGGAUAUAACUGCAAUUCCGCCUUUUCCUUCCUCCCCCAGAGACACCUCAAAACACGGUAGAGAUACAUCCAAGUCCUUUUUUACGAACUUUAAGGCCUCAAGAUCCACCAAUAAAGUUCACAUUUCUGAUACUCCUCUUGGUCGACCGGAGGACAAACCCGUUAGCCGGGGCAGCUCAAAAGAUAGGAUCGUUCAUAAAUCAAAGGGUCAUAACAAUUCGUCAUCAAGCCUUGCAAAGGCUUCUACCGGAUCUGGAAAAAGCAAAGGGGAGGGUUUCGAUGACAAAUCCCAGUCUAGUCCGCAGAGGAUUAAUGGGAAAGCGACUGAAGAUAUUGAAAAUAUCCAUACGCUGACGCCCAAGAAGAGUAAACCCCGAUUUGCCAGCCUUCUCACCCGAAGCCGGUCUAUUCGUGUUGAUGAACCUCUUUCGGCGGGUCGACCAAGUGCUACGAGGCGACCUUCGAACGGAUUACUACGACUUGAAGAGAUUAGCAGAGAAGAGGCGCAGGCGCCCCUGAAAACAGCUCCUUUGCAGCCCGAACGAUCAUUUAAUGACGCCAUGGGCUCCACCGUACGUAAUCGUUCUGCGGAUCGCCCUCCCGCCGAGGAACGCAGCAAUUAUUCAAGGAGAGAGCGGGCACAUGCUGGUGCAAUGAUUAGCUCUUCACUUAAUCAGGUCACAGGUUCAUCAUUGUUUAAUAAUUUAAAACAAACUUCCAGUGGUGCUGCAGACAGACUUGGGAGGGCUGGUAAAGGCUUUUUCGGCAAGAUUACGAAGAGUAACAGCAUUCAUGAGCGAGAGUUGGUUACGGAUGAUAGUUAUGUCUGUUCGGUUAUCAAUCUUCCACUUGUCGAACAAGCCCGACGGACAAGAAUUUCCAAGAGACUGGAGGCUUCGAAAGAUAAGACGGAAUAUUGGAUGCCGGCAUUGCCUUGGAGGUGUAUUGAUUAUUUGAACUUUAAGGGCUGUGAGGAAGAAGGCCUUUACCGUGUCCCCGGUAGUGGAAAAGAGAUCAAGCACUGGCAGAGACGAUUUGACACAGAACUGGACAUCAACCUCUUCGACGAGCCAGAUUUGUAUGAUGUUAACACCAUUGGGUCGAUGUUCAAGGCAUGGCUUCGCGAGUUGCCGGAUGAGAUAUUCCCCAAAGCAACGCAGGCCAUGAUAGCAGAGAAAUGCGCUGGAGCCACCAAAGCGCCGCAACUAUUGAAGGACGAGCUCUCGAAGCUGCCACCAUUCAACUAUUACCUAUUGUUCGCUAUUACCUGCCACUUGAGCCUUCUUCAUUCCUAUGUUGACAAAAACAAGAUGGACUACCGGAACCUCUGCAUCUGCUUCCAGCCCUGUAUGAAAAUCGACGGCUUUUGCUUCCAGUUUUUGGUCUGUGACUGGAAGAACUGCUGGCAAGGUUGUUGGACCGAGAAGGAAUAUCUUGCAAAGGAACUCGAGUAUGAACGGCAACUAAAAGAGGCUGCUUUGAACAAAACAAUCGCACCUCCUGCGCCAGCUACUUCAGAAGCAGUUGAAGAAAGGGCCAUAUCUUCUUCGGGCAGCAGCCAGCCUAUUGACGGAGGUUCUAGCGGCACCGCUACCAAGGCUUCCAGCCGCUCUGGCAGCUUGAAAAAGGGCCGAAAAACACCCCCGAAUAUUGACAAUAAUAAUUUAAAAGUUGCCUCACAACUUCCGGAACUUGGGCCUCCACUGUCUCCCAUUCAGAUUUAGGCAGAAAGUGACCUAUCUACGUACUGUCGUUAAACGCGGUGUUUCGGAUAUUUUGAUCGAGGACUCGAUUACAACUUUUCUCAAAUCUAAUUCAACCAAACGAUUAAGUAUAAAAUGUCGUCUGGCUUUCUUAUCCACUAAUUAUUCCCUUUCGUCUUCUUUUUUUUUACAGCUCUACUAUGACCUUGAAUUUUCUUUCGGAUGGCAAAAAUGAUUUUCACUGGCGUUUUUGGGUCCAUUCAACAAUUGGCGUGUUCGGCUUACUGUUUUCCUUUAUCUUCAAGUCAUGUUGAUCCAUACCCCUAGCAGCAACUUUUCGCCUCGUCCGCCGCUAUCCUUUCUGUUUUGUUGACAUUGACAUUGUUGCACAGCACUGCAACUUCGUCAGAUGCACUGCAAAGCUUGAUGAUGCUACGCCUUGUCCUUGCUACAAUCAUACCGCCUUCCUUUCACAUCAGUUCCAGACAUUGUGGUUUCCCGCCUCUCUUUCUCUUUGUUACUUAAAGCAUAUAAUGGCGCAUGAGCGAGAUCCAUCUCUUUUCCUCCCCACUUUGUUUGAGAAUCGUUUUGUUGGAGUUGCUGGUUCUUCUGGUGGGAGUGUUUCUUAUUGCAUAUGGUUUUCUUGCGUACAUAAGAGUGUGUGUUGUAUCGUUUGACCACUUGCAUUUGGUCUCGACCACAUAAACUAUUUGGUAAUUUCUGCAUAAUUCAAUCAUAGCACCUUGUUUGACAAGGCAUC